AUUCGCUCUACAAAUCGUCUGUGGUGAUAAGUUUUCCCGUGCAUACGAUAUAAUUCCCUGAUGAACUUUACCUUCAGCCAGUCAUGUCUCACGGGGAAAGUAAGAGUUUAGGCACGCAUGGAUUAAUUUUUGAGACAAGCAUAAAAAAAACGUGUUAUAACUCAAUAAUGUUGAAUGUAUCUGAGGUUCAUGUACCAUCUUCUGGAAAACAGGCGUUAGUGCGCCUGUACUUUUACGCGUGCACUCAGUACACUCAACAAUGGCGAACAUAGCAGUGAUCGGAGCCGGAGUUGUUGGACUAUCCACCGCCGUUAACAUCAUAGAGAGCGUUCCUGACGCUCAGGUCACUAUCUUUGCUGACCGAUGGUCACCAGACACCACCAGUGACGGUGCUGGCGGGGUGUUCUCUCCCAGGUUCACGGCCGAUGGAUACGGGUACGGCGUUCCUCUCGAACGCUUCAGACAAUGGUCCAAGGAUUCUUUUAAAAAUUACGACUCCAUUGCCCGGUCAGCCGAUUCUUUCAACGCAGGCGUGAUGGCUAUUUCCGGAUACAAGUUAUACAGCAAGAAAGAGAACGUGGCAGCGUAUUUCUCCCAAGACAUUAUAUACCACUGGAAGGAACUUAGUCCAGAAGAAAUGAAGAAAAUGUUUCCACCGAAGUUCAAGGUCGGAUUCUUCAUGAGCACCGUCCUUGUGGAGUGUCAGAGAUACCUUCCCUGGUUAACUCGGAGAUUUAUACGGAAAGGUGGUAAACUAGUAGACAGGAAAGUCGAAAGCUUACAACAGUUUGCUGGACGAUACGACGUGGUGGUAAACUGUUGCGGGCUGGGAGCACGUGACCUGCUUGCUGAUGACGUCAUCAGACCCUUGCGGGGCCAAGUUAUACGUGUCAAAGCGCCCUGGAUAAAACAUUUCUAUUCCACAGACACCGACUGCUACAUAUAUCCAGGCGUGGAUACCGUGGUCCUUGGUGGCGUCAAACAGUUGGACAAUUUUAACUUAGAGGUCGAUCCUGGGGACAAGGCAAAGAUCAAGAAGAACUGCACUGAGCUUGUGCCUUCUUUAAAAGACGCUGAAUUCUUGUGUGAUUGGGUUGGUCUACGGCCACUGAGGGAACCACUACGAUUAGAACGAGAAGACAUGAAAUUCGGGGACCGAUAUCUGAAGGUUGUCCACAAUUACGGUCACGGACAGAGUGGCGUUGGGCUGAGCUGGGGGACGGCCGUUGAAGCCACAAAACUUGUACAGGAGGCACUGGGUCCGAAGACAGUGAGCAAACUGUGACUGUUCUGGACGGGCGAGUACAGACACAUAGCGAACCAAUGGUUGUCAGCGUUACUUAAACAGUGUACAGCGAAUCAAUGGUUGUCAGCGUUACUUGUUCAGUACUGGCCAUGCAGUAAGCAAAUGGUGACCUUGCUACACGUUUCAAAGAAGUAAUUUUUUUAUUUCACGACAUUUUGAAAAAAAAUUGCGUUGAUGGAUACAGACUACAAGUGUGAUGUAUUACACAUAUUUCAAGAUAAACCCUCUCUUAUAAUAACCACGUACCCUUCUGCCGUGAAACAUUUACAAAUGUUAGAAUCUAUAUAUAUAAAGAUAGCCCUGUUUACCUUCAAUGACAACAGCAGCAAGAACCAAAAGUACAAUAAGAACGCACGUCUUCAUUUUUGUAGUGAAAGUCUAGAGAAGUCUGUACAAGUCUUUCCAUCUGAUUUCCCUGCAAAAGGUUGACUAAUAUACAGUUGUCAGUAGUCUAAUUAUCAUGCAUUUUCCAUCACACGACAACAAAUAUGCGGAAAAGUUGCAAAUAAAAUAUUUAUAUUUUGACCCUUCCUUGCUCUUUCUUAUUUCCGCAACCCUUCAAAGUCAGGACAGAUGGCUUCAUUUUCUGUGACAAGGACGAUGUAUAAGCACCUAAAGUGUUUUUAUAGCCAG